CCCAAUCCAAUGAAUACUUCCCAUGCUCUUCUCGAACUCAAACGUUUUUUUCUUGUCCUCAACCAGACUUCAAACUAAUUCAAAUAACGCCAACAGUUUGCAUGCACGAUCAAUCCGAAUUACAUAAACAACAACACCAACAAUAUUAAUAAUCACACAGAAAAAAGGAAGAAACAAUUCGUGUCCAUUUUCCUUCGUUUUCUGGUUAAGCGCAACAUUUGCAACCAAAGUUGAUGGCUGAGGAGAGUGGCAAUUUAUUGGUAACUCAAGAAGGAACCAAAUCUGAUGGAGGUACUUCAGGGAGAACAUCUAUGGGAAAAUUAAGUUCUUCUAAAAGUGGAGAGAAAGUUCUACCUCGUUAUCUCAGAGUCUCUACUGGCUCUUGUCAUGACUUGUGUAAAUAUGGCAGGAAGCAUGCAUUUGAAGCUAAGGAAAGAUGUCCUAUGGCAAAAAGAAUUGCAAAACCAUCAAUUGACAACCAAAGUCAAAUGAAAAUAUUGAUCUUGCCAGAGAUGGAAAAGACAUUGGUGGUGAGGCCCAAAUCAUCUCCUGAUCCAAAAUCCUUUUCAUCUGACAUCCCUGAGAUCAUCAAUCAUGAAGUAUCUACAAGAUCACCAAAUGGCCGUAAUGUGCUUAAUAUAUCAGUGGAUAGUCACAAUCCACUUAAGGGGGAAGUUCUGUUUGGGAUAAAAAAGACAUCAGCAGCCAAGCUCAGACCAUCACCCACUUUUGAAACCCAUCUAUCUGAAUCCCCAAAAUUCAAUAGGCAGGAACUGUCAGCUUUGACAAAGAUGGAGUUGUCUUCAAAAUCAGUUAAAUCUAAAUCUAAAGAAAAAAAUGCGUCAUUAAAGCAUGCCUGUUCUUUGAAACCAAAAUCUUUGGAUCAGAAUCCAUUAUUUUCUCUUGAUUCAGGAGGUUUAAGUGGCAGAAGAAACUGUGACAUCAUGACUGGCCCGUAUAAAGCAGCUAUAAAAAAAGUGAUAGCUUCCCCAAGACUUUCAUUGUCAUCUCCGAUGGCAUCAGUGUCUCCUAAACCUUCUAUCAGUAGAGUUCCAAAGAAAGUAAUGGCUUCCCCAAUAGUUUCUCAGGCAUCUCCAAGGGCAUCAUUGUCUGCUAAACCUUCUAUCUGUAGAGUUGCAAAGCAAGUAUAUGCUUCCCCAAGAGUUUCACUGGCAUCGCCAUCUCCUAGACCUUCUCUAAGUAGAGUUGCAAGCCUAAAUGAAAGAAAGCGUACAGGCUUCAAAGUUGUGUCUCCUAUGAAGAAUCAGGGCCGAACUAAAACAGGUGAACCUAAGGGGCCCAAGAUUGAGCUUAAGCACACUAAUAAUGAUUUGGUCCAGGAAAAAACCCUGCAUAUUAUCAAGAUGGAAACUGAGAACAAAUCUUUGGAAUCUGAUAAAAAUGAAAGCUAUGUUGUUGAACCAGCUGUGCCUCCAUCAUGCUUGUUAGCUGAAUUCCGUCCAGUUUUUCCAUCAUCACCGGUACACAAUGAAGAAGAGCAAGAGAUAUCUGAGUAUACAGAAUCUGAAACAGAAGAUGCGUCUCUUUCUGAAUCUGAUGAAACCAUUAGCACAGAAGAUGUGGGGGAUGAACACCCAGGGAGGCCCAGAUGGGACGGGAUGGUUUAUUCUGAGGACAAAGGUUCCCAGGCAAUGGAAUUACAUUGUGGUAGGGGAAAGGUCGUUGACAUUCAAUCUCAGAACAAAAAUCCAGGAAGGCUCAACUUCAGGAGAGGAAGAGUGCUUGGAGAAAUUGAAACACUCAAGGGUGAUGGCAGAAGAAGCUUUAAGAAGAAAGGAAUUGAUGUUGUGGUGAUUGAAAGCAACCCUGGUUCACAAGAAGUUGUUUUGAGACAUCAAGAUGUUCAAGGAAAGAAAGCUUCCCCAAUCCUUUUAAAUAAAGUCAUCGAACAAACAGCAAGUAAACUUGCUGAGAUCCGGAAAAGCAAGGUUAAGGCCUUGGUGGGUGCUUUUGAAACAGUUAUCUCCCUCCAAGACACCAAACCUUCUGCAAACACCGCUGCCUGAGUUGGAGUACAGUGCUUUUAUUAACAUGUCUUUGUUCUUUUUCAAUAUAUCUUAGUAAAUAAACCUAAGCAUACGCGAAAAGAAGUAAAUGAAGUUUGCAAGCCUAUGUAGUUGCAGAAGUGUUAGAGUAGACUGCUCUGGGGGGAACCCAAAUGCUGGGCUGAAUGUCCUAAUCCUCUGUGUACUGACAUUGACUUGCUUCAUACACAUUUUUUGUUGGGCAUGCUUCAUUUCCUCUUUGAAUUCCAUACUAAAUGUGUCAGUUAAUACACAGUUAAUAAAGCAAAUAUACUAAUGACUUUUAU